AUGUAACGUCAAUCUCGCGACAACCAAUCAUAUUUCACUUACAGUGCAGAGCGUCAUCUCUUGUCAGCGUGAUUCCAGCAAUCAUUUUUUGUUUGCUUGAAAUCAGAGUCACUCAUUCUCUUGAAGAGGAAAUAUGGCUUCUCAAAGUGAAAGAAAACUGGAUGAAAAGGAUGCUACAAUAAAAAGAAGACAUAGCAUAGAACGUCCUCCCGAUAUGCAAACGGCGCAAAGGAUAGUGUUACUGGGGAAGACGGGAUCUGGGAAGAGCUCGUGUGGUAACACCAUCCUGGGAACAGAGGCCUUCAAAGUGGCGUUCAGCCCGUCCUCUAAGACCAAGCAGUGCGAGAAGAAACGGGGGGAGGUGGACGGCAGGCAGCUGGUCCUGGUGGACACCCCUGGCCUGUUUGACACCACGCUGUCCAAAACGCAGUUGGAGCGAGAGAUCGGCAAAUGCCUCAACUUCUCGGCGCCGGGGCCCCACGCCUUCCUGGUGGUGAUCGGCUGCCGUCGUUUCACCCAGGAGGAGAGGGUGGCGGUGGAGAGGAUCUGGGAGAUCUUCGGAAAGGAGGCCGAUAAGUACGCGAUGAUCUUGUUCACGCACGGGGACGAGCUGGAGGGCACGGUGGAGGAGUACCUACAGGAAGCGGAGGAGGACCUGAGAGAACUCGUGCGCCAGUGUGGGAACGUCUACCACGUCUUCAACAACAAGGACCCCGCCGACCGCGAGCAGGUGCUCUCGCUGCUGGACAAGAUCGACGCCAUGGUGUCCGCCAACAAGGGGAGCCACUACACCAGCCAGACGUACCGGGACGUCGAGCGAAGGAUCGCAGAGAAGGAGAAGGAGCUGAGGGAGUCGUACGAGCGCAAGAUGCGCGAGAAAGAGCGGGAGCUGCAGGAGAAGUACCGAGCGGAGCUGACGUCACUGGAGAGACGGCUGCAGGCGGCCGAGGAAGACCUGCUGACCGAGAGAGAGAAGAGGAAGCUAGAGGAGGAGAAGAACAGAGCGCUGCGGGAAAUUAUGCGGUACUACGUGUCACGGAUGAGAAACUGCAGGCAUGAAGCCGAAAGCACGCCCUUUUUAACAGCCUAAAAAGGAAAAUGGACACAAACCUUAGAAUAUAUUUAUGAUUCAAAUCUAUGUUUGACACAUGCUAUGUGUGAAUAUCCGUUCACUAGCCUUGUGUACCAGCAAUGUCUGGCCUGGCCUGUUCAGCCAGUGCAUUACAUUACAUUACAUUCAUUUGGCAGACGCUUUUAUCCAAAGCGACGUACAAAAAAGUGCAUUUCAUGGUCGUAGACAACUGCUGAACACAGGUUCAGUAAGGUACAAUUACUUAUUUUGUACAGCUAUUUCUAGCCGAGAACAAUGAACACUAUUCUGGUCUAACAUCUGUAAAGCCAAAUAGGCAGAAGAAUAAGCUACAGUAUUAGGACAAAUAGUGCAGGAUAGUCCCAGAGUACAGAGGGAAAUAUAAUUGAAAAGUCAGAUAAGUAAAUAUGUGCCUUUGCCAUCACAAUUUAUCUACAUGUCUAUUUGGUCAUUAUGUUAUGUGCGCUAAUACUGCAGAGUGGUAGUGAAUUUUGGAAUGUUAUUCCCUGUACAGUAUUAUUACAGCUGGUAACAUAAUGUGAUGCAUCUGAAGACUAUAUGCCACAUUAGAUGAAGGUGUGUCUCCAUGCUUCAGUAGGUAUGUGUUGUGAAACAAAGUGGCUUCACAUGCUAUUCAGUUACUUAAUUUUAACAAAUACAUUUUCAGUUAUGACAUUAUUUGUUAUUAUUGGUUUAUGCAUGCUGGUAAGUGAAAGCUGGGAAAUGUAAAAAUAAAUGUACAAUGGAUAGCACUUAU